CAAUCUCAGCACAUGGUCGGCGAGGGGAUGCCUGACGAGCUGAUGCAAGCUUGUAUUGUAUUGUGUCAGGAGUAUUGUCAGCCAGAGAAGGUGCUUAAGAUAUUACUGGAGUAUUCUUGUCUAGAAAAAGAAAAGUCAUAAUGUUCCAGUUGGCUGAGAUACGUCACAUGGUUCGUAUCCCUCCGUGGCUCUUUGGCCAAACACUUAAUGAUGCAGUGGUGGAAGAGCUGAAUCGGAAACUUGCCAAUAAGGUGGUUUUGAAUGUUGGACUAUGCAUAGCUUUGUUUGAUGUGACAUCUUUGGGAGACUCAUACAUUUUCCCUGGUGAUGGAGCUUCACAUACACGUGUCACAUUUCGAUAUGUUGUAUUUAGACCAUUCAUGGAAGAGAUCUUAGAGGGAACCAUCAAGUCUGCAGAUGCUGAUGGUCUCCAAGUAAGCCUUGGAUUCUAUGAGGAUGUUUAUAUCCGACGGGAUGCCAUGAUGACAAACUCUCACUUCGAUGAGACUGAUGGAACUUGGGUGUGGGAUUACCAGACAGAUGAUGAAACGCAUCAUCUUUUCAUGGAUAUUGGGGAAAAAGUACGCUUCAAAGUGAUAGCAGAACAGUUUACUGAUACAACUCCAUCAGCACCUGGUAUGACUGAGGGAGAUGGUGCAGUAGCAGACAGGAAGGAAGGAAAAAUUCCCUACAUUGUAUUUGGAGCUAUCAAUGAUCAAGGUUUGGGGUUAGUGUCAUGGUGGACAAAUGCCAAUGGUGACCAAGGUGACGAAGAGAGGGAGGAAGAGGAGGAAGAGGAAGCAUGACCACGGUAUCCACAGUGGGCAUCCACAUUUGCGUUAUGAGACCACUGCCAUUUUUGCAUGUUUUCAAAAACUGCAAAAAUGACACUGAGAGAAAACUUGUGUUCACAUAUAGGUCUGUGAUCGUAUGAAUAGGUAUGAACACUUUUACACUAUGUGUCAAAAGUGUUAUAUAGUUUGUUUGUUUUAUUUGUUGUUGUUGGUUUAGGCAAAGUGAAACUGAGGGAUUGUUGAGUGUGUAGAUCAGAUGAUGGCUUGGAAACCUUGGUGGUUACUGAAUUAUUACACACACAGCAGAUUAUUUCACUUAAGCAACUAUGAUAUAAUGUGCAAAUGCUAUUAUGUAUGAUAGCUAAAAUAUAUUUGCUGUGUUAAACUUCAUAUUGUUUAUAAAACUAGUCAUAAUGUAUCUGUAAUUAAUAUGCAUGUUCUUUGUCAUAUAAUCAGGUUUGCCAUAGGAAUAUUUUGCAUCUUUAGGCAUCUUUCUACCAAAAAUAUUUGCAGGAGGAAGAGUUAGUAUAUAGCAGCUGUGUUUCAGAUGACGAAAAGAAAAUCUUGAAAGAUUAUUACGAGAUGGCCUACAUAUUCAAAUAUGCUAAUGUUAAUUUCAACAUUUUCUUACUGGAAUAUCAUUAUCAUCAGCAUUAUCCUCAUCCUCAUCCUCAGUUUUCUUUUUUUCUUCUCAUUAUUAUUAUUAUUGUUAUUAUUGCUAUAAUAUUAUUACUGUUACUAUAAC